AUGAACAGCGAAGAUCCGCCUGAGAGACCGGAGUACGUCUCCGGCAUCAUCAGCGGCCUCGAGCGCUACAACCCCGAGGCCGUCGGCACCCUGGAGACGUACCUCCAGGAGCAGUGCGACCAGAAAUAUACCGACUGCAAUGCCAACCGCACACUGCUGAAGCUGUACCAGCUCAACCCCGACCGCAUGAAGGAUGAGGUCGUCACAAACAUCCUCGUCAAGGCCAUGACACAGUUCCCCUCGCCGCAAUUCUCCCUCGCCCUGCACCUCAUCAACCCCUCGGCCGCCGCCACCGGCGAGCUCCACGAAGCGCUGACCAAGCUGCGCUCGCUCAACGGGCAGCUCGAGAGCGCCCAGUACGCCGACUUCUGGGCCGACCUCGACGGCGACGACCUGUGCGCCGACCUCAUUGCCGACAUUGCCGGCUUCGAGGACGUGGUCCGCCAGCGCAUCGCCGAGCUCGUGUCCCAGGCCUUCCGCGAGGUCAAUAUUUCGCACCUCGAGGGCUGGCUCGGCCUCAACAAGGACAAGACACACAAGUUUGUCACCGAGGUUAUUGGCUGGUCCGUCGACGCCGAGGGCAUCAUCAAUGUUCCCGCCAACCCGGACAACGAGGCCAAGAAGGCCGAGAUUCGCGAGGACGUCAACAUUGAGCAGUUUUCAAGGGUUAUUCGACGGACCUGGGAGGAGACUGUAUAA